GCCACUUUCAGGGGUCCUGACUGUGAAAACUAUCAAGCGCGUCAUUUUCAGACUAAACUUAUGAAUAUAAACACAAACACGUGAGUAGCAGUAUGCCUGCUGAACGCAAGAAGUCAGUCAACACGGAGGAGAGAGAGACGGGCUCCUUCAGCAACAAGGACCGAGAGCGAGACCGAGAUGCAGACAGACAGGCCACCUCCUCACGGGAGAAGAGCAAAGACGAGACCAAAAUGAGUGGGAAGAAAGACGGAGGCAAGACGGCGGAGGAGAAGAAGAGACGAGCCGAGGAGGACAAGAGAAGGAAGGACGAGGAGAGAAGGAAGAAAGAGGAGGAGAAACAGAGAGCUGAGGAGGAGCAGAAGAGAAGAGAGGAGGAGGAGGAGAAGAGACAGCAGGAGGAGCAGGAGAAGCUGCUGCUGGAGGAAGAAGCCAAACGACAGAAAGAGGAAGAGGCCGCUCAGCUGAAGGAAAAGGAGGAGGCGGAGCAGCUUCAUCAGGAGGCAUGGGAACGACAUCAUGGUAGAAAGGAGCUGCGCACAAAGAACCAGCACGCGCAGGAGAUGCGUCCAGAGGAGGCGUUCUUCAGUCGCCUGGACUCCAGUCUGAAGAAGAACACGGCGUUCGUCAAGAAGCUCCGCACACUCACGGAACAGCAGCGCUGCUCACUGUCGCAAGAUUUCGACUCGCUCAACCUGAGCAAGUACAUUGGCGAGGCCGUGAGCUCCAUGGUGGAGGCCAAGCUGAAGCUGUCUGACGUGGGCUGCGCCGUGCAUCUCUGCUCGCUCUUCCACCAGCGCUAUGCCGAAUUUGCACCAUUGCUGCUUGCCGCCUGGAAGAGACACUUUGAGGCCCGGAAAGAGGAGAAGGCGCCCAAUGUGAGCAAACUGCGGACUGAUCUGCGGUUCAUCGCCGAGCUCACCAUCGUGGGGCUUUUCACGGAUAAAGAAGGGCUCUCGCUCAUCUACGAGCAGUUGAAGAACAUCAUCGGUGCCGAUCGUGAGACGCACACUCAUGUGUCGGUCAUCAUCAGCUUCUGCAAGCACUGCGGAGACGACAUUGCCGGUCUGGUGCCGAGGAAGGUGAAGAAUGCUGUGGAGAAGUUUGGACUGUCGUUUCCUCCCAGUCAGAUCAUUAACUCGGAGAAACAGCAGCCGUUCCAGAACAUUCUGAGAGAAUACUUCACCUCACUCACUAAACACCUCAAAAAAGACCACAGAGAGCUACAGAACAUCGAAAGACAGAACAGGCGUAUUCUGCACUCCAAAGGCGAGCUCAGUGAAGACAGACAUAAGCAGUAUGAAGAGUUCGCCACCACCUAUCAGAAGCUGCUGGCAAACACACAAACUCUGGCUGAUCUUCUGGAUGAGAACAUGCCUGAACUUCCUCAGGACAAAACCGUACAGGAAGAACAUGGUCCAGGCAUCGACAUCUUCACUCCAGGGAAACCAGGAGAGUACGAUCUGGACGGAGGGAUUUGGGAGGAUGAAGACGCCCGUAACUUCUAUGAGAAUCUGGUGGAUCUGAAGGCGUUUGUUCCUGCGAUCCUCUUCAAAGACAAUGAGAAGAGCAGCCAGAACAACAAAGAGGGCCGUGAGGCGAACAGUACAGAGGAGUUGGAGAUGGAGCUGGAAUCUCUGGACAUCACUGAUGACCCGCUCGAUCUAGACCCAACUGAUGAAGUCGAGAGUGAAGACCUGGCCAAAAAAUUACUUGAUGAGCAAGAACAAGAAGAUGAGGAGGCGAGCACCGGCUCUCAUCUCAAACUCAUCGUCGACGCUUUUAUCCAACAGCUGCCAAACUGCAUCAACAGAGACCUGAUUGACAAGGCUGCAAUGGACUUCUGUAUGAAUAUGAACACAAAGUCUAACCGCAGGAAGUUGGUUCGAGCUCUCUUCACGGUGCCGAGACAGAGGUUGGAUCUGUUGCCUUUCUACGCUCGUCUGGUGGCAACUCUGCAUCCGUGUAUGUCUGACGUGGCUGAAGAUCUUUGCUCAAUGCUCAAAGGAGAUUUUAGAUUUCACAUCAGAAAGAAAGACCAAAUCAACAUUGAGACCAAGAAUAAGACGGUGAGGUUUAUCGGGGAGUUGGCCAAGUUCAAGAUGUUCUCCAAAACUGACACGUUGCACUGCCUCAAGAUGCUGUUGUCUGAUUUCUCUCAUCAUCAUAUUGAGAUGGCGUGCACGCUGCUGGAGACAUGUGGACGAUUCCUGUUCCGCUCACCUGACUCGCACCUGCGUACCAGCGUCUUACUGGAGCAAAUGAUGCGUAAGAAACAGGCUCAACAUCUGGAUGUGCGUUAUGUGACGAUGGUGGAGAACGCCUAUUACUACUGUAACCCUCCACCGAUGGAGAAGACCGUUCGCAGGAAGAGACCUCCGUUGCAGGAGUACAUCCGAAAACUCCUCUACAAAGACCUGUCAAAGGUCACUACUGAGAAAGUGUUAAGGCAGAUGAGAAAGUUACCAUGGCAGGACGCUGACAAUAAGAGUUAUCUCAACAGUUGUAUGGUAAAUAUCUGGAACGUUAAAUACAACAGCAUCCACUGUGUGGCAAACCUGCUCGCUGGACUCGUGGCGUAUCAGGAGGACGUGGGAAUUCACGUGGUGGACGGCGUGCUGGAAGACAUCCGCCUGGGCAUGGAGGUGAACCAACCGAAGUUUAACCAGCGUCGGAUCAGCAGUGUGAAGUUUCUGGGCGAGCUGUAUAACUAUCGUAUGGUGGAGUCUGCCGUCAUCUUCAGAACGCUGUUCUCGUUCAUCUCUUUUGGUGUGAACACAGACGGCUCGCCGAGCCCCCUCGACCCGCCCGAGCACCUGUUCCGCAUCCGUCUGGUCUGCACUCUGCUGGACACAUGCGGACAGUACUUUGACCGCGGAUCCAGCAAGAAGAAACUCGACUGCUUCCUCAUUUACUUCCAGAGGUACAUCUGGUUGAAGAAGAGUUUAGACGUGUGGACUAAAGACCAGCCGUUUCCCAUCGAUAUUGAAUACAUGAUCACAGACACACUGGAGCUGCUGCGGCCGAAAAUGAAGCUGUGUUCGUCUCUGGAGGAGGCCUGCGCUCACGUCACACAGCUGGAGAGAGAAUUCCUCGUCAAACUGGGCCUUGAGAAGGACGGCCGCAGCUCCAGUUCGAUGGGAGAGAAUGAUGCUCUGGAUGAGGAAGAUGACGAUGAUGAAGAUGAUGGAGGUGCCGAGACUGAGGAACAGUCUGGAAACGAGAGCGAGAUGAAUGAACCUGAGGAGGAGGAGGGCUCAGAAAAUGAGGAAGAGGAACAUGAGGAGGAAGAGGAGAACACCGACUAUCUGACCGACUCCAACAAAGAGAACGAGACCGAUGAGGAAAACAAUGAGGUGACGAUCCGCGGUGGAGGACUCAAACACGUGGCGUGCGCUGAAGAUGAGGACUUCAUCCAGGCACUGGACAAAAUGAUGCUGGAAAACCUGCAGCAGCGCACUGGAGAGGCAGUGAAGGUCCAUCAACUUGACGUGGCGAUUCCACUGCAGUUAAAGAGCCAGUUGAAGAAAAGCUCCACCCCCUCCUGCACUGCAGAUGCAGAUGCAGACGCAGACAUUACAGACACCAUGCAGUUCGUCAUGCUCACCCGGAAAGGCAACAAGCAGCAGUUUAAGAUCUUGAACGUGCCGCUGUCGUCUCAUCUCGCGGCGAAUCACUUCAAUCAGCAGCAGGCAGAGCAGGAGGAGCGCAUGCGCAUGAAGAAACUUACGCUGGACAUCAACGAACGACAGGAACAGGAGGAUUAUCAGGAGAUGAUGCAGUCUCUCGCUCAGAGACCCGCCCCCGCCAACACAAACAGAGAACGCCGCCCGCGAUACCAGCACCCAAAAGGAGCGCCCAACGCUGACCUCAUAUUCAAAACUGGUGGCAGGAGACGCUAAAGAUGUCAGUAUGAGCAAAUGAUGAGUCAAAGAGAGCAAGAGAGAGACAGCAGUGCUUUGGACUGGCCUGCUCCGGGACGGAGAGCCUCCCAUUAUGGACACCAGAGAGGACCACCCACCAGCUGGUGUACACACAAAUAACGCUGAACUGAGGCAUCUGUAUGGACACGCACAGAAUGUUUUGUUUGAGUUUGAUGGUCCAUUAGUGACAUGAAGGAAAACAUGUUAUUUCAGAUAAACCUUCAGCUCAUCUUUGAGCUGGUUCAUCUGAUCUAUUCAAGUCUUUCUCCUGGUGUCGUUCUCUCCCUCGCCCGGCCUACAAUGACCAUUUCUGAGCAUUUGGAACUCUUUCACGAUGUGCAUGGGCUAACGGGAGCCGCUAACAUGUUUGCUGUUGCAGUAAAGUGACUCUGUGACUGUGAAAGCGUCUCAUUUAAUCUCCAUGCAGUGUUUCUACACUCAAACUCUCGUAUUUUCUGCCCAUCACAUCAACCGUGAGUCAGCUCUGUGUGCAGGUGAUGUUAUUCAAAGAUAGCUGAUUAGAAUGCAGUAGAACUGGACACAAAUGUGUCUGUGGGCAAAACAGGUAAGGUCUGUCUGAGGGGUUUCAUGUACUUACAGAGACACAGUCUGGAUUUAUGAACUGAAGAGUGCUCACAACAGCUUUGAAGUUUUAGAUGCUCUUUACAAAAUACAAAGUAAAUCUGCAGUUUUUGCUCUUCAUUUUGUGCGUGUGUAUCCACAGUCAGUUGUAGUAGUUUGUGGUUUAAAAUGUUUUGUGAAGUGAUUAUUUUCUUCAUCUUUCCAUUCACUAGGUUACCUGAUUAAACAUCUCUGUCAAAGGUGUUUCAGUGUGUUUUGAGCCUCAUUAUGAUUAAUCUAUUAACCUGUUCCUAAAAGAAAUGAUGCAUCCAUAACCUGGAAGAACACCCAAAGUUUGCCUGUUUUAACUCAAAAUCAAAUGUGCAGUGUGCAAAUAAACGGCUUUGUUCAAAUA